GUGCGAGGGAGCACACGGUGGCGGAGGUUGAGAAUCGCGUGUUAGAGAGAGGGUAGAGAGGCGAGUAGAGGCGAUCGGCUCUCUCGGAUCAGCUGUGAGAGCGGCGUGGCGCCGUGUGCCGCGGCUCUGACCCGCUGUCAGUUGCCCGAGCCCUGUGCUACGGUUAGGACCGUGCAAUCGUCACCUUUUUUAACGAGCACGAGACAAGCUCCGGCGACGUAUCGAGACGAACGGGCUUCGCGCGUCGACUAGUCUUCGCCUGGGAACCGCUCGUGUCCCAUUCGAACGAAUUGGCCGAACGAGAAGAGCGUGGUCGCCGAUCGAUUCGCCGAUCCCGCAGUCCUCGUGGAUUUGGUUCAGCGAUCGCCGAGGACAAUUGUACCGAGCCGAUCCGCUCUCGAAGAAGAAACGCGAUCGUGAUCGUGAUCCACCGUUGAUCCGUUCCAAUUGAUUUCGAAAGAAUCAUCGAACCAGAGAAUAAUAUAUAUCGCGAGUUGUUCGAAAUUGCUUCUCGAUCGUUCAAAUCCUUGCGUUUCGAUCAUCGUGUCUAGACGAUAGAGGGGGGAGGAGGGAGAGGCUGAGUUCGAAUAUCGUGGUGGUUCUUGUGGUGGAUUAAAGUGGUUAAUUCGAGGUUAAUUCAGAGAGAAGAAGAAGAAGAAGAAGAAGAAGAAAAAGAAAAAGAAGAAGAAGCCGCAUGCCUCGCUGACAAGUUCUCAGGAUGGUCUGGUAGAGGAGAAGGAGGCGGAGGAGAAGAGAGAGAGAGAGAGAGAGAGAAAGAGAGAGGAAGAGAGAAAGAGAGAGAGAGGUCUGAUGGUUCGAUCGCGAGAAAUGGCGUGCGGAAUAUCGUUCGAAGCGACUGCCACGAGCACGGUACUUUUCCUGCUGGUACUGCUGAAGGCGGCACUGGUGUGGGACGAAGUACACGGUGCUCCAGCGAAGAGGAACGACAUACUCGCGGGCACGGAAUUCCUGUCCGUUUUCAUAAACGGCGCCAUGGCGACACCACCGCAGCGGCGCAGAGGUUUCAGACGCGGAGGACAGUCGGCCACGUCAGGAGACAGCGCGACAGCGGAAUCUCAUCAGCACGAGGCGUCGAUUUAUCGAAUAUCGCGCAAUCCCGGAAACAGACAGGUGGUCCCAAGAGCGAGGAACACAAGCGGGCGUGAAGAGGUGGUUCGAUUCUAUCCCAUAAGUCACAAAACGUUGGAGAACAGGCAGCAGAAUCUGGCGUCGUUGAUCGACGAGUUGACCACCACCGGCGACAUAUCCUCGACGAGGCUUGCUCCCCAGAGUUCGAUUAGCGCGACGACGACAGCCACGUCGACAGGCACUACGCGGGAGAAGUCGAGGACGAACGCGACGACGACGAGCGUCAACUCGACCAACAAAGGGGUCGUAGGUCGGCAAAAGGUUAUAGGCGUCAGCGUGACGUCCACCGUCGAGGCCACGCCGUACAAGGUCAGGGUGGAACAUUACGACAAUACGGACGCGACGGUCGUCUCGCGGCCUCCGAGCUCCAUCUCGAUCUCGUCCAAAGACGUUACGAAGGAGACAAGGAACGGCACGGCGAGGGCUUCCACAACCACGAGGACCACGACCGCGAGAACAACGUCGACUACGAUCAGCGCGACAACCACGACCACUGUCCUUUCCACGAGGACGACCACGACUACCACGACCACGACCACACCAUCGUCCUCCAGCUUCGUCACGGAGGAUCUUAGCAACAUCGUAUCCGAGUCGAACAGGAGCGAGUUUUCCGUGGACGAGGGAUCGCCCAGCACCAGUUGGCGAUCAGCCAAUCAUCAGAGCUCGAUCACGCCUGGCCCACUCGCCAAACACACCCCGUCGUUCGCCCAACAUCGAAAGACGAACGGCACCACUGGAAGAAGCGUUUCCUCCGGGGAUACGAUCACUCUGCCAGCGGAGGACAACUACGAAUUACCCGAGGAGAACGAGGAACCUAAAGAGCCGAGCGAGGAGCCCGUAGAGGUACAAUCGGAACGGUACCAGGCGGUGCAAGGACGAAAGGCAGGCAGACACUUCGACGCUUCCCACUACAAUCGACCGAGUAACAAGAUGUACGGCCAAUCGUCGAAGGGCUACAACAAAUCACCACGACCGUACAGCGAGCCGGCCAAGUCCUACAGCGAGCCGGCCAAAGUGUACAGCGAGCCUGAGAAAGUGUACGGGGAGCCGGCCAAGGUGUACAGCGAGCCGGCCAAGGUUUACAGCGAGCCGGCCAAAGUGUACGGUGAGCCUGCCAAGGUGUACAGCGAGCCUGCCAAGGUCUACAGCGAGCCUGAAAAGGUGUAUUCCGAACCGUCGAAAGUCUACUCGGAACCUGCCAAGGUAUACUCUGAACCUGCCAAGGUGUACUCUCAACCGGCCAAGGUGUACAGCGAGCCUAGCAAGCUCUACGAUUCCGAGGGACACCCGUUGAAUCGGCAGGGAGAACCUGACGAGCAGAAUUACGAAGUAGACGAGUCGGUGAGCGUGAGCAGCAAUGGAAACGUGCACGGGCCCCAGAUGAUGCUCACCGAACCUUCGAACGCCUCCGAGGUGGAGGAUGGCCACAAAGUGGGCUACGUGGUCGAGGGUAGGAAUUACAGGAAGUACAGAGUCGAGGAGAGGACUCCGGAUGGCUUCAUCGUUGGGGAAUACGGGGUCGUGAGCCAUGACGAUGGUUCCUUGAGGGGUGUCAGGUACACUGCGGAUGGUACCAUCAACCCUCGGUUAAUUUAUGACGCGCUGAUGAAAUUUCUGGCCUUGUGAAAGGUGAAGAGGUGAGACAGAUGUGGACAGAAGUGUUGAACGAGGGAGGUACGGAGUCGACGACGUGUCGCGUGGCUUUUGUCGAAAUCGACAACGAGACAGAGCGAUUAAUCGUGAUUUUAAUUGGAUCAGGAGGUAAUCUAGCGAUUGUUCAAAUUCUAAGGUGAAAUUGAAUAUUUCACGAAUGUGUGUCUACGUUUUAUUUGUGUAUUCAUCGUGUCGCCAUUGUCGAAGAUAAUAUUGCGUAAGACCGAGAAAUUCAAUGUCAUCGCUGAGCAAGGAUAAAACGAACGAUUAAACGAGCUUCACGAACAAGCGAACGAAAACUUGGACUCGUUAGGCGCGAACGGUUAUCUUUGGUCGGUCGUCACUCCGUCGUUUCUGAGGUCUAAGGAAAAGGUCACAGCGAUUCUCCGCUGACUUGGCUGAUCCAGUCUUUCGUCAGAGAGGUUGAAAUUACAAAGAAUACCAAUUUAAACAUUAUUAUUCAUCGCUUGUUAAAAUUAAAGUGUACAACGCGAUAAUGGACACUGAUUAUUAUUUUUCUUUCGAUAUGUAUAAAUCGGUAUAUUUAUUUUUAUUUCAAUUUCCCAAUCUGUAACAGUAUCAAAAAUUUAAAGAAAAAAAAAACAUAAAUAUUCUAUGAGAAUAGUUUCGAUUGCAUAAAGCAAUGUGUAUAUCAUCUUUUCGUAGAGUUAAACUUCACGUAAAUAUUUGUACGAUAUUACUUAAAUUGAAAAUUGGCAUAUCUAUAUUCUACAAAUAUAUAUUAAUUAAUAUCUUCUCAUAGAAAAUAACUGAAUUGUAUAUUUUAAUUAUUUGCUUGAAAACAUUGAAUCAAUUGUGAUACUUCGUACAUAUUACUCGAAAAUCAAUUUUAUCGUUAUUAUCAAUGCCAUUACAUUGUAAAAACAAUAAUUCAAUUCGCUGUCUCGUCAAAAGCGACGCGAUUAAGUCGACGGUAAACGAAAACGACUGAUUCUUUCGCUCUUGCCAACGCAACUGCCUCAACCGAUUAAUAUUUAAGAAUGGCCUUCCACCAGGAGAUCUCGCUGGUGUCUGGCGUCGGUGUCCACUCUUUUUUGACGGGAAGGAAAAGAUGGUCGCUGGACGAUUCGAUCGGGCGAAAUGCGUGGAAUUCGAAGCGAAACAAUUCUCGUUGCGAAACAAAAGUACGCUUCCCUUUCGAUGGCGAAAGCGAUACCUAACCUAACUUUUGUGCGCUCGCUCGCCUCCUCGAUGGCCUUUGAGAAGACUCUCGAGCGGCAAUUUCUUUUCCCUUCGUUCGUCUAGCGAUUCGAAAACUCCUCGAUCGUGGCGCCACGUAGUUGCGUAAAUUUUUGUGAUCGCGUUAAUCGCGCAAGCGUGUUUUCUUUUUCUCGAGAUUUGUUAAAAUUAGGAAGGUGGUGGUAGUGGUGAUGGAGAUACGACGCACGGUGUUCGGUGGUUCAGUCGAUGAUUGGAUUGUUCUUGGUAAAGAUAUUUUUCGUACAAUGACUUUUUUUUCCUUUUUUUUUUCAUUUAAUUCCGAGAUUAACGCUAGAAUCAUGAAAUUCCGAAUCAAUUCGAGCUUCAGAUUCUUUUUCUUUAAUCAUUAAAAGCAAGUGCAAGUGCUUAUUUUUAUAAUUCCCUAUUUUAACUUUAGUGUUUCAACUGUGUAAUAUAUUUAGAUAUAAGUUGGCAGCGUUAAUUCGAAAAAAAAUGUGAAGAAAAUCCUUUGUCACGCAUAAAUUGUACAAUUUGUUAAGUAAAAAAUAUGAUCGUUAUAUAGAAAAGAAUCGACUGAACGUAUAUGUCGCGUGCUUUCGUCACUGCGACGCUUCUGUGAUGAAAAAGCGGAUCGAGAAGUCGCAGCUGCCCGGGCCUCCAUUUUGGAUUCACUCUUACCAAGUUAAUUUAACACCUUUAUCUCGAUCGCCUGAAACUCGAAGGCUCCGCAGCUGCGGCCAAAUUGCUGACUUGUCACGGCAGCGUCUCUGCGCACUUCUUUGUAGGAUUUAUGUAUCUAUUGUGCUAAGCUCUUUAAAGACGUUCCCGCGUCAUGGAAGUAUCUCACUCGUCGAGAGAGCCGUAUAAACGAUAACGUUAUUUUAUUAUUAGGGUUUUAAAUAGCUCAUUCUUCCUCAUUACCUCAAUCUUUGAGAUAGUUCCUUCUGCCAUUUAAAUAACGUGUAAUUCGCCUUAAAUUAUAAACACGAUCUCGAACAGAAUUGUUACUUCGAACGAUCCGAAUAAGACAGUAAUAUAAAAUAUUUUUCGGACAAAAAUUGUAUUAUAUUAUCUUGUAUCAUUUAGCGAUAAUUUAAAUAAUAUAGAUAUUAUUAUAUAAUAAUAUAGAUAUUAAAAUGACUUGAUAUGAUAUGAGGGACGAAAAAAUUCUUUAAAGAAAUUUCUUUCAAAUGAUUAAAUAUAAUGGUUGCAAUAGAUUUUUUUUUACACGCGUAUAUACACAAGAUUUAUAUAUUUUGAAUUAUUUGAUAUAGUUUUAUAUCAAAAAGACGAAUUUUAACUUAAAAUCACACUUUGGUCGUUUUUUAUUAAUUAAAGAAUUUUAUAAAGAAAAUUACAAGUAAAUAUUCAUAUCGUUCGAGGGAAAAAUCCUUGUCUUGAUCUUUCAGGCACGUCUGCUCGAAACUUUUCCGAUCGACCACGGAAAAACGAAUCUCGAAGCGGACGUGAGGUCUGUUCGCGUGGAAUCGAUGAAACUCGUUCGCUCGAAUGUUGCUCAUCCUCGUAGGUUUAAGUUGCGCGUUCAUCGUCUCUAUUUUUUAUUAUAUGUAAGAGUAAAGUAUUCUGAUAUUAGUUACACGUGAUACCAUUAUGAUUUAAGAAAACUGUCUCUCUUUAACGUUAGGCGUUACAACGAUAAGUCUAAUGUUUAUUAUUGAAAUAUUAUAGCGCUGUGCAACCAUUGUCAUUUCGUCGAAUACAACUUUGUAAUAAAUUCCAUUGUCAUAAUA